AAGCUUGAGUUGGCUAGAAAAUGAAGGGAGUUGCAUCUCCGUUUCUUUGCAUUUUCAAUAAAUUGGUCCAGGCGAUGAAUAGAUUCAUAGAUUCUAGGACUGGAAGGGCCCUCGAGAGGUCAUGAAGUCCAGUCCCCUGCCCGCAUGAAGCAGAACUCUUCCUGACACCAAGUUGGUGGCAAUUGCUUCGUUGACAUCAUAGACGGAUGCUGACUCUUGGGGUUUUGGCGGGUGGGGGUGCUACAGAUAUGCUGACUCUACGUGUAGCACUGUUAUGUAGGACACCAGAGUCACCUUUUAUUGCCUGCAAUGUGAUGUUUGCUCAACUCGGCAGUAUGAAGUAUACACACCAGCACUCACCUCUGCCUGUUUUAGAAGCAAUAAGUAACGAGCCCUGAAAAGGUUGGGGUUUAAUUGCUGUGAAAAAGCCACUGAAUGAGGUAGCUUUUUGCACAGCUUGUCUGGCUUCCCAGCAACGACGUUCUUUUACACACAGUGCUGCCUUUUCAUCUCUUGGCGUCGGGGUGGUUUCCUGGCGCAUUCCUACCUGGAAGCAAGAGAGGGCUUGCCUGAAUUGGCUUUCUUGGCAGGACGCCACAUGCUCAGGCAAUGGCUCAGUUCCCCCAGCCUUGCCUGGACUCUGCCCCCUCUCCCUCUCCUCCACCCCGGCUAGAAUUCUGUCACAGCCUUCCCACCUACUCCUGGGACCUGUCCGGCGCACGCGUCUCCCCGACUGCUCCCUGAGGCUCUCGGGUCCACUCCCCCGCGACGCUUGGCACACCCCACCCCCUUCCGCAAAGUCACUCCAACCCCAGCUACGCUGUGCGUGCGAAAGUCUCCAGGCCGGGCCUGGGCCUGUUUGCGCCUCCUUGCUGUCUCAGCUGUGUGGAACAGGCAUGUCCUUCGCUGUCCCAGCUGCUAUACAGUGCCAGGAACGGCAGGACCACCCGGGCCUGGUUGAAUCACAGGGGUCAGAUUGCCCUUUCAUUGGGUGAUGGGCUCAGGUUUUCUUACGGGCACUCGAUGGGGACCAGCCCAGGCUAAACAUUCUGGAAACAAUCAAGUUAAUCUCAGAAGAGGCUGAUGGCCUGAAUUCCUGACCUAUCAGAGAGGGCGCAAAUGCACAGUCCAUAAUGCCUGAAGUCCGAGACCUUUCAGAUGCCUUGCCAGACGUGCCAAUGGAUCCUAUCACAGGCGUUGGGGUGGUUGCAUCUCGGAACCGGGCACCUACAGGUUACGACGUAGUUGCACAAACAGCAGAUGGCUUGGAUGCUGACCUCUGGAAAGAUGGCUUAUUUAAAUCCAAGGUCACAAGAUACCUGUGCUUCACAAGAUCGUUUUCGAAAGAAAAUAGCCAUUUAGGCAACGUCCUGGUCGACAUGAAACUAAUUGAUAUCAAGGACACGCUUCCUGUGGGCUUCAUCCCCAUCCAGGAGACAGUCGAUACACAAGAAAUAGCUUUCAGAAAGAAGAGGCUCUGCAUCAAAUUCAUCCCUCGAGAUUCUACAGAGGCUGCUAUUUGUGAUAUCCGAAUCCUGGGCAGAUCGAAGCAGGCCCCUCCACAGUACACAUUCAUAGGGGAACUUAACAAUAUGGGUAUUUGGUAUCGAAUGGGCAGGGUUCCACGAAACCAUGACUCCUCGCAACCCGGGACACCUUCUUCCCAAGUACCAGCUUCAACACCAGCUCCUAACCUGCCGAGGCACAUAUCUCUGACGCUUCCCGCGAGCUUUCGAGGCAAAAGUAACAACUCCCGACUCGACUUUGAACACCAGCACUCAAAUUUAUAUGCCAUAUCAGCCAUGGAUGGAGUGCCUUUUAUGAUCUCAGAUAAGUUUGCCUGCGCUCCUGAAGGGAUGCAGCAAGUUGAUCUCUUGGGCAUCACAAUCAAAUCCCUGGCAGAAAUCGAAAAGGAGUAUGACUACAGCUUCAGGACAGAGCAAAGUGCUGCUGCCCGGCUGCCCCCCAGCCCCACUAGAUGUCAGCAGAUGCCACAGUCCUGAGGAGUGAGGGAAGGCCGGCUCCCUGGAGAUGCGGCGCAUGCGCACAGAUACUACUGAUGGGAGGCGAGCCCUGAUGAGCAGUGUUACUGGAACCCUUCUCGGCAGACAGGACGCUUUUCUAACGACUUGCCUUCCUUCCUGCGCUUUCCCCGAUCAUUCUGUACAUGUUGUUUCUGAGAUUUGGACUCUGUUAACCCUUUCUGCCAGGCGCCCUCACCCCUUAGCCCUGCUGGGGCAGUUUCUGGUCAGGAGUCCCUUAGUUAAAGCUUGACAGAUGACUUCCUCAGUUCUCCCUGCUUUAUAGCACCUGCUGCAGCAUGCUCACUGCAAUACAGAUCUGGAGUGAAAUGUUGCAAGCCAGGGGCCCCAGCUCGUGGGACUCUGGAGAGAUUCCCAGCAAUGAGCCCUGCUAGGAUAGAGCGUUUGGGGAAAUGAGGCUAAAGAUACAGCCAGUUAGUCCACAACUCACAAAAUGCACCAGCUUAAACUGACAACUGAGGUGCAGCAGGAUAAACUGCCCCAGCUGCCCCUCUCAGUACAGCAGGGUUCUCUGGUUUGUGCAGGGUCAGCGGUCCAGGCCUUUCAAGUCCUUUGAUUUAAGCUAACCCUGAGUAAUGGUAAACCCUUCCUCUGCUUCUCCAAGUCCAGACUGCCCAACAGCUCACUUGUGGCCAGGAUACACCUGAGACCUUAAUGGUUUUUGUUACUUUCAGUUCACGUAGCCAGGGUCGCUCGCUCGCUCAGAUCCACUUAGGGCUCUCUCCCAAGUCGCUGGCAAAGUGGAGUAGCUCGAAGAGCACAGGGAUCUCAGUGGCACCUCUCCCUGGCCCAAAGAGGCUGUGUGUCCAUUGCCUGGAAGUAGAGGAUCGUGGCAAAUGUUGCGUAGCUCUCUCUGGCCUAUGGAGAGCAAGCCAGCCAGACCUCAGCAAUGCCAUCCUGACUUCUCCCAGCCACCCGAAAGCUUUGCCAUGGCACCUGCCCAUAAAGUGGGCAUUGGAACCUGCCAGUUUCUUUGGCAGUUUUCAAACAUUUGCCCCUGCUGGCUGCUAAAAGGAAAGAGAUUUGUGCGCCCUGUCCCUGCACACUGCUGCACUCGGGGAGGGAAAUGCUAAAGCCUGACCCUGUCGGACAAGGCUGAGAUAGUUCCACUGGGCAAGUGUUUGAUGCAUUAAACCCUGACCACAGCAUGCUUACAAGUGGUGUCCCUGGCUCACUUCUGAGUCAAAUGCAUGUCUUGGUGAAGUCUGUUGCUGUAAUAAGUUCUUUAGAAGCAUUCAUCUGAGCUCUGUGCUGCUUUUCAAGUCUGCUGUGGAACAAAACUACGUUACAGCAGCGAAAUGGCAUUUUUUAAAAGUAAGUGUUGAAGUGUGCAACUUUUUGUAUUGUAAAAGACAGGUUGUCUAACCCUAUUAAAAUGCAAUUGCCACAGUAACAAAUACUGGUAUUGUAGCUCUGGGUUUGGGUUAUUCGGACCCACUUUGCACUGCUUUUGACUUUCCUGAAUUCUCUAGUCUAACAGAAUGUUGACUAAUAGUAGGUUUUGUACUGUUGGUUUGUGUAUUUCGUAUUUGUACAGAUGUAAAAUAUUUCUUGUCCAAUGAUCCAUUUCUGGUUUCAAAGCACUGUACCAUGUUUCUGGGGGGAAAUAAGUGCAAAACACCAUAGCAUUCUGGGUAGAACCUGAUUCCAGUUCUCUGCUUUGACUCUCCAGACCAGUCUCUCUUUUACUAACUGCCUCUUAGAGACCAGCUCUGUUGUUGGAAGAAUGGACGUAUAUGGUUAUAAAAGGGUCAGGUCUGAGCACAAGAUUUAGGGCCUGUAAUAUUUGGCAUCAGCUGGUGUAGGCCUGGGUGACUCCCAGAAGGUGCUCCUUUCCUUUAAGGUUCCAAAGUGGCUUUUAGUUCUUAUUUUCUGCUGCAGGAAAGCAAAGCCAGCCUUUACUGCCAAGCUUUACAGAGGCUAGAUUGAUGGUGCUGACAUCAACCAAUGAACAUAUCACGGAAGCUAGCGCAGUCAGCCUGGUCAUUCUGCUCAGGUUCACUUGAAGUUCAAAUUCACUCCACACUGCAGUCGUUUGUCCAUCCCAUCCAUCUCUUGUGUUUCCUACCUUUCAGCUGUCUGUAACUUGUCCUGUAGUUCAUUGUAGAUCAAUUUGUCGCUCCCUCCUUGGCUGAGGGCAGCUUUGUGGAUGUAUCGGGGUAGGUGUGUUAAUCUGUAUCCACAAAAACGAGGAGUCCGGUGACACCUUAAAGACUAAC